AUGCAGUCCCUCCCGCUUCUCCUGGCGCUGGCGGCCUCCACCGCGCUGGCGUCGGAUGUGACCCCUGUCCAGAAGGUUGUCCAGCUGCUGGAGAACAUGAAGGAGAAGGGCACAAAGGAGAUGCAGGAGGAGCAGGUCCAGUACACAAAGUUCAAGCAGUUCUGCGACAUGACGUUGGCGGAGAAGGAGGCGGCCAUCGGUACCGCAGCCGACAAGAUCGAGACCCUGGAGGCAGACAUCGAGAAGGCCGCCUCGGAGGCGGAGCGUCUGAGCAAGGAGAUGGCUGAGCACGCCGCAGACGUCGAGGCUGCCACAGCAGAGAAGGAGAAGGCCACCGCCGUGCGUGAGAAAGGUAGGGCGGACUUCCAGAUGACCCUGCAGGACUACAGUGAGUCCAUCGACGCCAUUGGCAGGGCUCUGAAGGCCCUGAAGGAGGAGGACAAGAAGACGGCCAAGACGGCCCUUCUCCAGCUCUCUGAUGCCAAGCUCCUGCCUGAAGAGGCGAGGAGUGUACUCAUGCAGGGCCCGGCACCCAAGACGUACGAGUUCCAGUCCGGGGGCGUGAUCACCAUGCUCGAGGGCCUGCAGGACAAGUUCGUGGACGAGCGUAUCAGCUUGGAGAAGGAGGAGCAGAAGAAGCGGCAUUCUUAUGAGAUGCUGGUGCAGAGCCUGAAGGCCCAGUUGGCACAGUCCAAGAAGGAGCAGGGGGAGAAGGCCCAGUUCAAGGCCAAGCAGCUACAGAGCAAGGCCUCAUCCGAGGGCGACUUGGAUGAGACCAAGGUGGAGAAGCAGUCCGACGAGAAGUACUCCGUGGACCUGAAGGCCACCUGCAGCAAGAAGGCCGCGGCCUUUCAGGAGCGCCAGAAGCUGCGGCAGGAGGAGAUCGAGGCCAUCGAGAAGGCCAAGGGCAUCAUCGCUGGUGGUGCGGUGGCCGGCAGUGCGGAGAAGCACUUGCCCAGCCUCCUGGCCACCCCGAUGGCCGCGUCCGGCCUCUCCACGGCGCUGGCCUUCCUGCGCUCAGAGCGGGAGCCGCGGGCUGAGCGGGCUGAGCGGGUGGCGCGGUUCCUGCAGCAGCGCGCCGCCGCGCUCAACAGCCGGGUGCUCUCCGCCAUGGCCGGCCGGGCUGCCGCGGAUCCCAUCGCCAAGGUGCGGACCAUGAUCGAGCAGCUGAUCACCAAGAUGCAGGCGCAGGCCAACGAGGAGGCAACCAAGAACGGCUGGUGCAACGCUGAGCUCGCAUCCAACAAGGCCACACGGGAGGAGAAGACCGACGCCGUGGACGAGCUGUCCUCAGACGCGGACGAGCUCUCCACCGCCAUCGGCAAGCUCGACGAGGAGGUGGCAACGCUGGCCAAGCAGGUGGCGGAGCUCGAUGCCGACAUGUCCAAGGCGACGGAGAUGCGAGAGCAGGAGAGCAGCAAGAACGCUGCCACCGUCAAGGAUGCCAAGGAGGCGCAGGCUGCCGUGGCCCAGGCGCUGCUGGUGCUCCGCGACUUCUACAAGAAGGCGGCCGGUGCCACGUCCCUGCUGCAGGCGCAGGAUGCCCAGGCAGCCCAGGCAGGCCAGAGAAGCCUGUCGCAUCUGUCGCGGACAGCCGCGGAGCCGGAGGUCUUCGGCGACGAGCCCUACACCGGCAUGGGCGGCGAGAGCGGCGGCGUGAUCUCCAUGCUGGAGGUCAUCGAGAGCGACUUCGCGCGGCUGCAGGCGGAGACGGAGGCCGCAGAGGAGGCGGGCAAGAAAGAGUACCAAGAGUUCAUGGAGGACUCGAAGGUGGACAAGGCCACCAAGGUCCGGACGUCGGAGCACAAGGUGACCAAGAAGCAGGCCAAGGCCCAGGAGCUCACUUCCGUGCGCGCCGACUUGCAGGGCACGCAGAAGGAGCUGGACGCCGCAAACGCCUACUUCGAGAAGCUGAAGCCCGACUGCCUCGACACCGGCGCCUCCUACGCCGAGCGCCAGGCGCAGCGCAAGCAGGAGGUGCAGGACCUCCAGGAGGCCCUCGAGAUGCUCGAGAAGGUCUGA